GAGGUGUGGAGCUUGCAGUCCUACCUGUUCAGCAUGCUGGGAUCUGCUCCCUGGGAUUCUUUUUACUCUUGUGGACUUUGUUGAAUGAAUUCUGUUGCCUAGUUUUCUCAGGCGCAAGGAAAACUAUUGAGCCUAGAGCAAGUACAAAUCUUCUGGGGAAGAGAGACUAUUCCUGAAAAGUGCAAGGCUGCUGAAAGUUUUAAUCUGGAUUUCAGAAGCCUGCAAAUACCUGUGUCUUCAUCUGAACUCCAGAUUCUUCUGUAAUUCAAAAACAGAAAGACACAUUGAUUUGGGAUUUUUAAAGUGAUAACAUAAUAGAUAAUUUCCUGAGGGAAUCUUGAUGGCUAGGGUCAGUGCAGACUGAAAGCAGAUAAUAUCACAUAGAUUCAUGCAUACAGUACAUGCUACACAUAGUAUAAAAGAAAGUUUCAGCCCCAAUCAUGGGCUCUCAGAUAUUUAGGCAUAUUAAUUUUUUGAACUGGUUGCUGUUGCUAUUGUCUCUGGAGUGUCCUUUUGCUGCUACUUAUUUUGAGUUAUCCACCUUGAGCAGUAAUUCAACAACUCAUUACAAGCCUGACCAUCAUGAUGCGGAGGGCUCUGCUCAGGAUGAGAGACUGCAUGUUUUUACGGUGGAUUAUAACUAUGUGCAAAUUCCCUGUGAAAUUUCACUUUGGAUACUUCUUGCAUCUCUUGCAAAAAUAGGUUUCCAUCUCUACCACCGACUGCCAAGCCUCAUGCCGGAAUGCUGCCUUCUGAUAGCUGUCGGGGCACUGGUUGGAGCAAUCAUUUUUGGCACUGAUCACAAAUCCCCACCAGUUAUGACUACCAACAUUUACUUCCUAUAUCUCCUCCCACCCACUGUCCUUGAGGAGGGGUACUUUAUGCCCACUCGCCCCUUUUUUGAAAAUUUUGUGUCCAUCCUGUGGUGGUCUCUACUGGGAUCCCUCCUGAAUGCAUUUGGCAUCGGACUCUCUCUCUAUGGGAUCUGCCAGAUCGAAGCCUUUGGUCUCACUGACGUUAACCUGGUGCAGAACUUGCUUUUUGGCAGCCUGAUUUCAGCUGUGGAUCCCGUGGCGGCACUAGCUGUUUUUGAAGAGGCCUCUGUUAAUGAGCAGCUUUACGUGAUGAUAUUUGGAGAGUCUUUGCUAACUGAUGGAAUCACUGUGGUGUUAUAUAACAUAUUACUCACCUUCACCCAGAUGCACCGAUACGAAGAGAUUAAACCCACUGAUAUUCUUGCUGGAGUUGCUCGUUUCUUUGUAGUGGGACUAGGCGGAGUGCUGGUUGGCAUCGUGUUUGGAUUUGUUUCGGCAUUCAUGACUCGAUUUACGCAGAACAUUUCUACCAUCGAACCGCUGCUUGUCUUCAUGUUCAGUUAUUUAUCAUAUUUGUCUGCUGAAACUGUCUACAUCUCAGGCAUUCUGGCGAUGACGGCAUGUGCAGUGACUAUGAAAAAAUAUGUGGAGGAGAAUGUUUCCCAGAAUUCCUACACAACCAUAAAGUACUUCAUGAAGAUGCUGAGCAGUAUCAGCGAGACCCUGAUUUUCGUGUUCAUGGGAGUGUCCACAAUUGGAAAGAACCACGAGUGGAACUGGGCCUUUGUUUCCUUCACUCUGCUCUUCUGCUUGAUUUGGCGGGCACUAAGUGUGUUUGCUCUCUUUUAUAUCAGCAACAAGUUUCGGACUUAUCCCUUCACCAUUAAAGACCAGCUCAUUAUUGCCUACAGUGGCCUUCGAGGAGCCAGUAGUUUCUCUCUCGCAUUUUUGCUUCCUAUGUAUCUCUUCCCUAGAAAGAACAUGUUCAUUACAGCUACUCUUGUAGUUAUAUAUUUCACUGUGUUCAUUCAGGGAAUCACAAUUGGUCCACUGGUCAAGUAUCUAGAUGUUAAAAAGACCAACAAGAAAGAGUCCAUCAAUGAAGAGGUUCAUGUACGAAUGAUGGAUCACCUGAAGGCUGGAAUUGAAGAUAUAUGUGGGCAUUGGAGUCACUCUCAACUGAGAGACAAAUUUAAAAAGUUUGACAAUACAUAUCUAAAGAAAAUCCUGAUCCGGGGGAACCAGCCCCAAUCCAGCAUUGUAUCUCUGUACAAGAAGAUGGAAAUCAAACAGGCCAUUGACAUGGCAGAAAAUGGGAUGACAAGUUCAGCUGAAUCGACAGCUUCUCUCCAAAGCUAUAGAAAUCAAACAAUGCGUAGGCUUUCCUCUGAAGAGGUGGAGUCCAUGCGGGAUAUGCUGACACACAGUCUGUAUCAAGUACGACAAAGGACCCUGUCGUAUAACAGACACAACCUGCCAACAGAAACAAGCGAGAAACAAGCCAAAGAAAUUCUCAUCCGGCGCCAGAACAGCCUGAGGCAGAGUGUGAGGAAAGGAAACAGCUUUUCUUGUGGGAAACCGGCAAGCACCCAAAAUUUGCGUUUCCUCUCUUUACCGUAUGGUACUCAUCAUACAGCUAGACGAAAAGCAAGGCAUGAUGCUUCUACAGGUGAUUACAGCAGUGAUUCUGAUUCAAUGGUCUCCAUCAUGUUCAGUCCACAGCUCCGAGCAGGCUCACUUGGAGCAAACUGUCGUCAGCAGGAGAUGGAGCGGUUAGAUAGAAGAGAGAAACUGUCAGAUUUUGCAGGUCAGAGGGGAACCCCAAGCAAGCAGGAUCACACAGCUAGAAUAAGAAGACCGGCUUUAAUGCCAAAGCCCCAGUUUGACGCAGUGUUUGAAGAAGAAAUACAGGGAUAUGAAUCAGAAGAGGAGGAAGGAGCAGUCGCCGCAUCAAGGCCAUCAGUUAAAUGGGCAGCAGAGAAAAGAAAUGUAAGACAUUUCCACAAAGCCCCAAACCCCCCAUUCUGGAGAAAAUAGCAAAGUUCUUAUAUGAACCAUAAUUACAAUGUUUAUCUUGGGACCUUUGAACUAAUUCUGAUGCCAGUUCUAAGCACAGUGUGAAGGUUUUUAGAAGUUCUGCGUAGAAUCAGUACUUGAACACUCAGAUUGAAGGUUGUUUGCCUGAAGCCACUGAAUGGCACAAUAGUAAAUGUCUACAGUAUCUGCUGGAAGAGAGAUGUACGUUAACUUAACUUACCAUCAGUGAAAUGUGUGUGAAUAUUUAUAGUAUCUCAUAAUUCUAUAUUCUGUACUAUGGCUAUGAUCCAGCAAAGCACCUAAGCAUGUGCUUAAAUUGAGCUCAUGAGUAAUCCCUCACAAGCUCCCUCACAUGCUUAAAGUUAAGCAAAUGGUGACAUUCUUUUCUGGAUG